AUGCGAAAACGAACUUGGCAUUGGUGUGUUGUCAACGAUGCAACCCUAUCGCGACUCACUUAUGACAUCCUUGGCUGGCUGUUUGAGAACAACCAAAGUCUCAAGGAUAAUCGUACUGUCUCUCAGUCUCUGGAGCUUUGUUUUCGCAGUUCACAAGCUCUAUCCGAAUGGCUUCAAUCCAUCCCCAUGGAGCUACGCCCAGAUCCCUCACUAGCCCAAGGUCAAAACCAACCUUCAACACUGCUUGCUCAACGAUUUAAGACCAUGUUGACCUUUCGCUACUAUGGUGCCAAAAUUCUGGUCCAAAGACCUAUCAUAUCAUGCUUUCUAGAAUCCCAGCCAGGAAGCUUUAAUGCAGACAGUGAUUCUCUCCUUUUGCAAAAUGCAGGAAUACACUUUUUGAAGUCCUGCGUGACGACGUGUGAACAAUGCGUCGUUCUCGCUCAAGUGGUUGUCAGAGAAGGCCGCGAUGAAAAGGUUCUCUUAGGAGCAUGGUGGAUAACGUGUUAUUACGGUAUGGCUUUCCAUGUGGCUGGGAAACAAUUUUCGGGAACAACUUAUAACUUAAUCAAUUUUACAGCAUUUCAGGCCUCGCUGAUGCUCGUGGCCGCCAUUUUGAUAUUACAGAAACCCCAGUUCGCCAACGCCUUGAAUGUCGAUGAACAGCAGAGUAUAUGGCGUUCCCUGGAAAUUUCGAAAAGGGUGCUUGUCUACUUGGAUAACGGCAAUCUCGUCAUAUCCCGAUGUCGAGGUUUUCUCAAUGCCCUUUUACAGACCCUCUCGUUUUUGCAUGACUCAAGCCUAGGUGCUGGAAGAGAUCGUCUAAGCCCAGAGAAUGAAAACUCAGACCUUGAGGUUAGACAAAAUCGCACCACGGAUUUUGGGAUUGAUGCGCACUCGCUUGAAGAAAACCUUGACUUUGAAGCGUUUGCUAGAGAGCUACUGGACUCGGAACUGGAGCUCCUAAACGGUACCUAA